AUGAUAACUCACGAUGAAAGAACGCGUUUGAAGUUUGAAGAUAUUGCUAAAAAGCUUCUAGAAGGAUGUCCGAAUCUUGCUAAUCUAAAAGACAGAAAUGGAUCCUUGGCGUUGCAUGGGGCUUGUAGAAGCGGGCAACUGGAGAUUACAUCAAUGCUUCUAAAGAUGGAUCCUAAUUACCAAGCUUUUCAAUUUGAUAACAGUGGUUACACACCGUUGCAUGUAGCAGCUAUACCCAUCUUGGAAGUGUUUAUAUCCGUAGCUCCUUCAUCCUUCCACACUCUCUCUAAACAUGGAGAAAAUUUGUUCCAUCUUACCAUAAGAUUCAAUCAGUUUGAUGCCUUCAAAUUUGUGGAUGGGAUUCUCAAGGGAGCAACAUACAUGUUUUAUCAACCCGAUAGAUUUGGUAACACCAUUCAACAUCUUGUUCGUAUUGGAGGUUUGAACCAGUUUUCAGAAUAUAUCAACAGGGAAUCAGAAGAGAAAAUCAAUCAUCAAAUUGUUGGGAAUCAUAGGGACAUUCUAUAUCAAACUGAAUUGCCUACAACAUCCAUGAACCUACCUGAAAUUCACUUUGAAGCAGCUAUUCUAGACAAUAAAAGACACGAGAUAAACCUAUAUACAAGUUUGGUCAGUCAAACCACCGAACAAGAAGAUAAACAUAUCAAAGUUCAUAAGAAAAACCCAAAAAAACAGAACAUAAAAUUGCAACAAGAAGCACUACAAAAUGCAAGGAGAAGAAUUACAAUAGUUGCAACCUUGAUAGCCAGUAUUGCAUUCACAAAUGGUCUGAACCCUCCCUGUGGUGUCUACCAAGGCAAUUCAGUUAUGGGCAAAAAACGAGCAUUCAAGAUCUUUGCAAUCAGCAAUCACAUUGCAUUCUUUGUAUCCUUAUGCAUUGUUGCAGUGUUAGUUGGUGUUAUUCGCUUUAGGAGAAAGCCAUUAAAGCUGAUAUUAGCAGCAGCUUAUAUGGUUACGUGGGUGGAAUUUUCAUUCAUGGUUGUAUCAUGUGUUGCAGCAAUUUGGUGA